AUGUCAACGGGCAUUGUACGGAGCUUAGGAGUGGGUAGGUUCCUUGAUUGGGGAGCUGUAGACUCAAGGGGUGCAGUCGGAGGAAUAGUGGUGAUUUGGGACAACAGGAUGUUGGAGUUGGUUGACAUGCAAAAAGGAUUGUUUUCCAUUUCAUGCACUUUUAAGAGUUGCGAGGAUGGUUUUAUAUGGACGUUUACAGGGGUUUAUGGGCCAACUUUAAGGAGGAAGAGGGAGAGUUUUUGGGAAGAGCUGGGGACCAUUAAGGGGUUUUGGAAUGGGCCAUGGUGCGUGGCAGGGGACUUUAAUGCCAUUAUGAGACCAGAUGAGAGCAGCAGAGGAGGAAGCUUGAACUCAAUUAUGAGAAGGUUCGCAGAAGUAAUAGAAGAGUUGGAGUUAAAAGAUCUGCCCAUGGUGGGGGGCCCUUUUACUUGGACUGGAGGAACGGAUAACCAGUCCUUUUCAAGGUUGGAUCGUUUUUUGGUUAAUGAGGAGUGGGAUAGCCAUUUUGGAGAUGCGAGACAGUUUCUUCUUCCAAGACCUAUGUCCGAUCACUUUCCGAUUCUUAUGGACGGUGAGGGUCUGAGAAGGGGCCCUAUCCCGUUUAGGUUCGAGAAUAUGUGGUUGAAAGCGGAAGGUGUAAAGGAUCUAUUGAAGCUAUGGUGGGAGGAAGGCAGCUUCAGUGGAUCCGCAAGUUUUAUCUUGGCUGAAAAACUAAAAUUUAUGAAGGCUAAGUUGAAGGAGUGGAACAUAAACAGUUUUGGAAGGGUUGAAUAUAGAAAGAAUACGGCUUUGGAGCAGAUGGAGUAUUGGGAUGCAAAGGAGAAAAUUAGCAGGUUGUCAUUGGAAGAGCUGGAAGCUAGAAACGAAGCGAAGGAAGAAUAUAAGAAAUGGGUCUUACUUGAGGAAAUCACGUGGAGGCAAAAAUCUAGGGAAGUGUGGCUGAAAGAGGGAGAUAGAAAUACCGGUUUUUUCCACAAAAUGGCCAAUGCACACAGGAAGAGGAACAAUGUGGACAGAAUUAAGAUUAACGGUGUUUGGCUUACGGAGGAGAAUGAUAUUAGGGAAGGGAUUGCCAAUGCGUUUAAGACAUUGUUGUCUAACCCGGGGGAAUGGAGGCCUUCUGUUUCUGGGCUGCAGUUUGAGAUGUUGGAGCCUUUGGAUGCUAAUGCAUUGGAGACUCCUUUUACGGAAGAGGAAGUAUUUGAUGCUCUAAUGGGCUGUAAUGGGGACAAAGCCCCAGUGCCAGAUGGAUUCUCUAUGGCAUUUUGA